UUGAUAAAAUCUUAACUGAUAUGGAAUUACUUAUCUCAAAACAAGGUGUGUAUAACGUAUGCGAUUUUGAUACUCAUUGCGUCUUAGUAUAUAACAAACUCGUCUCUCACCUGAACGCGUAAAGCUAUGCAGCAGGUGCCGGUGGUAGCGUUCAUAACAGUCUUGCUGUGGGGGGAGGUGAUCCCCGACACCACAGUCACCAUCUACAACGAGUGGCUCUCCCAAGGUGGGCGUGUUCAUUACGAGGUGGACAGAUGGAACAAACACAACACUCUUACCAGGUCUAACCUUAUUUCCAAGUGUAAAGCUAUCGGUACCGCACCAGGACGCUGGCUCAAUAGAGAUUUAAAUGGCGGCCUCUUCGAGAAUUGGCACCAAAAUCCGUCUCACCAUGGUUAUCCAGACCCCCACUACCUUCAAGACCAUAGUCUACAGAAGCGCACGUGGGACUUCUAUAUGCAACAGGUCCAUGCUUUCGGAAAUGACAUAAAGAAUAUGGUGUGGGAAAUAAAAGGUCUCAGCUGGCCCAGUUGGAUUGACAAGUCCCAGCAUGGAGGAAAGUUCCCCAAUAAUCUAGAUGCGGCGGCAGAGUUCGUGUCAUUAAUGGUUCAGAGUGCCAAAGAUUACAGUGGAGGACAUCUCCCAGCUUUCUUUGAAGUCAUGAACGAACCCGACGCCUCAUAUAAGAUCCUCGAUGCAACGACUGUGUUAAACUUUCAUAAAGAUGUGGCACAAAAGCUUAAGUCAAGAUUUGGGAUCAAAGUUGGAGGUCCAACAUACACUGGCUAUACAAUCAGAGCAGAUGCAAAUAAUUUCAGUCUGUGGAAGAGAAUGGCACAGUUUAUGGACAUGUCUCUGGAUCACAUGGAUUUCUUCUCCUUCCAUGCUUACAAUGAUCUCCAUGUAUCUGGUGGAAGCCAUUCCUUUUCUGGUAUCAAUGAAGCACGACUGGUUGCCAUAAUUGACAUGAUAGAAAACUACUCUCACAUAAAGAAAGGGAGGAAUUUUCCUAUCAUCGUCAGCGAGUUCGGCAGAGGUGGAGUUCACGGAAUCGGCCAGGUUGCUCAUUCUGGGAUUGUUGACUUUGCGACCCUCUACUUGUCAAAUGCACAAAUGUUCACUUAUCUCAACCUCAGGGAGUUUAUGGAAAGAGUCGUUGUCUUCCUUCUGUCCACGCAGCAACAUCCAGGCAGCGCUAGCCUUAACUGGUCUUUGUUCACUCCAGAUGGGCAUGAGACACCAAUUGCAAACUUCUUUAAAUUCUGGCACAAUUUGUACUAUGACCAGAAGUUUCUCAAACUUUCGAGUGAUUACACAGGGUGGGAGAGACAAGUGGCACCUCUAGCUCUAGCGAACCCGAAUAACAAAGAGAUGAUGGUCCUACUUCAUAACUAUGGCAAACAAUGGCAGAAUGUAAAGCUGGACUUCCACAAUGGCUGGAUUAACCCAACAACUGGCGAAUCCACAUGCAUUCAGUACCAGAACGGCAACGCAGCAAUGCAUGCCAAUGUCCACUUUGACACCAACAAGAACAAUGGACGUGUCGGUCUCCCAGGAGAGUCCAGCUGUAUCUACAAAUUCAAGACCAACUACAAUUUUGGAGGCGUAAAGACGAAUAAUGAGAAUUCUUUCUUUGGAAAGACCAUGGUGAUCCCAAUAAGUAACGGGCAUGCUCAAACUACAGUUCAGGUACAAGGAUCAGGCUUCCAUUCUGCACGUAUGAGAAUUGGCGUGAGCAGAGACAAAGGCGCAAACGGGAAACCUCUGAGCGUCAUGGUUAAUGAACAUAAACUGCCAGCAACAUAUAUGCUGUAUGAUACAGACAAGAACAACGCCCCAACCACAUGGGAAAUGUGGGAGUACUGGGUGCCUGUGGAUAAAGUUUAUUCUUCAAACACAAUCAGUAUGACCUUUGCAGGGAAUGGGGGUCAUGUUAGCUCUGUUGCACUGAUUGUAGGGAACCUUCAUUAAAGAUUUUUUUAAUUA